AUGGCGGCGGUACGAGAAACUUUCUGGAUGAUACGCAGUCGAUGCUGGGGAUGCAAACGAUUUCGCCUUACUUCCUUUACAACUCCAGUGGCUGGACAACUACCAGAGGACAGAACCACACCUGGUGCAGCGUUUGAGGUGAUCGGAGUCGAUUUUGCUGGGCCAAUGAAGUUCCGGAAAUCCUCCAAAGCAGAAGGGAAGUCUUACCUCGUGAUAUUUGCUUGCAGCUUGUCGAGAGCUGUUCACUUAGAACUGUUGCGGAACCUGGAAACCAGUACCUUCAUCGUGUCUUUGAAACGAUUUAUCGCUCGGCGAGGACGACCACGCGUAGUUUAUUCCGAUAAUGGCGGCGCGUUCGUCAAAGCCAGCAAAUGGCUGGAACAAUUACGGAAAGACGAGAGUCUACGAGGCUUCGCGGAAGAGUACGAUAUUAAAUGGAAAUUUAACCUGAGUCGUGCACCCUGGUGGGGCGGCCAAUUCGAGCGCCUCAUCGGGGUAGUCAAGUCAGCUAUGUACAAGGUGAUCGGGGGAGGUCAUCUCACUUGGGACGAACUAAGUGAGGUUCUGCUCGACGUUGAAAUUCAAAUCAACCGCCGACCAAUGUCGUAUGUUGAGGACGACAUCCAGUUACCAACCCUCACCCCAGCUACGUUCCUCCAUCAACGCACGUGCCAACUCCCUAUGGAAGAACCAUGGCGAAUUGAAGAACCAUGGCGAAUUGAAGAACGAGAACUGAGAAAACGAGCAAAAUAUCUAAUCGAAUGUAAGAACAAGCUGUGGCGGCGUUGGAGAAAAGAAUACCUGGUAGCCUUACGGGAAAGACACAACAUGACCCACAAGAGAAGCAAGUUCCAACCUAAGCCUGGAGACGUUGUGUUGAUACAGACCGAGAGCAAGAAUCGAGGUACGUGGCCUCUAGGAAUCAUAGAAGAAACCUAUCCUGGAAAGGAUAACGUGAUACGGGGAGUACGUCUGAAGACUCCAAACGGAACCUUGGAAAGAGCCGUGCAGCUGCUUUUUCCGUUAGAACUGAGCUGUGAUGUCUUACCGGAAGUGCCAAUCCUGAACCCAGAUGCGGUAGAAUUAGAGCCACGCCCUCGGCGAGACGCGGCGACUGCAGUAAAACUCCGUAUUGAACAGAUCGAAGCAGCGGAUGAUGAGUAG